UUUUACAUUUACCUCAUACAUACAUUACCUCAUUUAUACAAAUAAUUAUAUUUUACUAUAUAAGCUAGCAACACCAGCGGCUUUCAUGCCAGACCGCUAGGUGUUGCUAGUGGUUAUUGAUUCCUCACCUGUCAAUGAAAGGAAUUUUGAACGAUUUUAAUUCUGAGUGAAGAAACAUGUAUAUAAGAAAGACAUUUUAAAAGAUAGACGAAAAUGGUGGAAGGAAUGGGGAAAGCCAUCAAAUAUGCAUUGUUCAUGGCAAAUUUCGUCAUUUUGAUUGGAGGAAUUGUUGUUUUUUCCAUUGGAGUAUGGACCUUAGCAGACAAAGCGUUUAUGGAACGUCUUUUAGGUAGUGACUUGUAUACAAGUUCUGCCAGCAUUUUAAUUGCCACUGGUGUUAUUGUUACUGUCGUAUCAUUUUUCGGAUGCAUGGGAGCUAUGAGGGAAGUCAAAUGCAUGCUUUUGACUUUCUUCAUCAUUCUCUUUAUGAUCUUCAUAACAAUGCUCGUUGGAGGAAUUCUUGCCUAUGUCUUCAGAAAUGAGGUAGAGAAUAGAAUGCGUACAGAGAUGAUCAUGACCAUUCCAUUGUACGACAAUGAUACAGCAGUAACUGAUGCUUGGAAUGCUGUUCAGUCUCAGUUUAAAUGCUGUGGUAUUGAUGAGGAUGUAGAACAGGGAUAUAACAUUUGGGCCAAAAAAAAUAGUAAGUUUUCUGGUGAAAAGAAAGUACCAGCAAGUUGCUGCAAGUCUAAAGAUAAAACAGAAAUUAAUAAAUGUCAAGAUUCUCCAAAUGAAAAUGAUGCUUAUUUAGAAAGUUGUUAUGGUGCUGUUAGAGAUUUUGUCAGAGACCAUGCAUUAGUGGUAGGUGGAAUUGGCAUUGGAAUUGCAUGUAUCUUGAUUGUUGGCAUGAUUCUCUCCUGUACCCUGUUCAUGCUAAUUAAUUAGAGAUACGAGUGAAACUUUCAGUUUGAUUUUUAAAAUUUCCACUUUCGUGGAAAUUUUAAAAAUCACUUACACUUACUAUGUAUAAAAAAUUAAAAUAAGUAUAAACGUGAGAAGUGGUCCAAUCAGAUUUUUCCAUUAGGCGAUAAUAUAAUUUUUAGGAAAAUCAGUGAAAUAAAAAAAUUUGGCGACUUUUUGCAAUUUUGGAUAUCAGAGUGCUUUUUGUCUAAGUACCUGCAAUGAAGUUUCUAACAAAAGCAAUUACAAGCUUGCUCCAGUAAUCAUGUUUGUGUUGGUAAAUAAAUAUAUUGGUUUGUCUUUAUUUAUUGUGUAUUCAGUGUGCUAUAUUGAACAAAAUGGUUAUGUGGUCCGUGCUCUUCAUUCUCUCAGUUAUCUGGCCCAUAAAAAAAGUUUGGUGACCCCUGCUUUACAGUAUAACAUAUGAGGUUUUUUCUUUGUGCAACUUUUCUUUUGGUUUUUUUUUGUGUGCACUUUUUUCUGGUUUGAUUUUCUAAAUCAUCAUAAUUCAGAACCUAAGUUACAUUCCAAUGUAUUGUGCACUUAAGAAAAACUGUUUUAAAAUGUGUCUCUGAAAUAAUUUAAUUAAUAUACAUAUAUACAUACAGAGUUGAACUUGGUUGGUUUGAAGUUCAAGAGGAGUGCAAAAUAGUUCAAAUUAUCCAAAAUUUGAAUUAAACAAUGUCAUCAAUAAUUAAAUAAUACUGAUAAACUAUAAUUAGUUUAGUUAUCACAUUUUCUAGUUAAGCUUAAUUCACACUGAGAGUAAAUCACUAGCAAAAACAAAAAACACAGUGAAUAACAUGUCAGUAUGUUAUUUCUGGCAAACUUUACCCUUUUGUAAAUUACUAAUGAAAGUUUGGAAUUUCCAAACUUUUUCAUUAGCAAAAAAAAUUUGUCACUUACCACAAUGCUGUUUGUUGUCAGUUGUUUCUAGCAGUUUUUAACAUGGUACAAAAUCAUCACACAACAGAAUUGACAUCAAAAUUAGCAUGAUAUCUUGCAAUUAACACAUUUUAAAUAUUUUUCUCACCCAACAUUUUCUUUUUUUAACAUAUCUUUCAUUUUUUGUAACAAUUAUGCAACAGUGAUUAAAAACAGAAUGCCAGAAGUAUUUUAUUUUUACCAAUGACAUAAAUGAUUGGAUGUUCAAAAGUCACAAUUGCUUUUUGCAUUUUGCUAUUCACUCAAUGUACACUAUGCCACUUCAGCUUUGAAUUAUCCAAAAAAUUUGAAUUCACGAAGUUUGAAUUAAUGAAGUGUGACUGUAAGGUGUGUUUCAAAUUUAUACGGACACGA